CUGAACGAAAACUGCUGUUAGCGGUGGCCGGUGGCAGCAAGAUGAGAACAAAUUAAGAAACUUUAUCGGUGUGGCAUGUGUGCUCGGAAGGGAAUCAAGAAAACGGGUAUAGUUCUCUUGAUAUUUGUUGUAUGCACAUUCCAGUGUUUGCCCUGUAGCUGCAGAGGCGGUGAAACUGUGACUGUUUUUAAGCUGCGCUUAUGACUGCUGCCCUUCUCAAUGAGGUAUAGAGGAGCUACAGUCUAUCUCUGGGCACAGGGCUCAUGCUGUCUGUCCCGCCUCUGCCUUCCCAGGAGAAUCACUGUGGUCCGAACCUAUAGCACUCAUCAUCAGCCUGGCUCACCGCCUCCCUCUAACCCUUCCCCUUCUGAUGGGAAGGGAGGAGCUGAGGUGGUGAAGGAGCGCACAUUUGCAGCCUUAAAGCAUGCAGGAGAGGUGGGGCGGCAGUGGGUUCAGAGGUCGGCACAGACGGCCACCGCCACAGUCAACUACUGGUGGGAGAGAUACGAGGAGUUUGUGGGGUUGAAUGAGGUCCGCGAGGCUCAGACAAAAGUCACAGAGGCGGAAGCAGCAUUCAUGGUGGCCAGGGGGAUGGUGCGUGAAGCACAUGGCAGCCUGGAGGCUCUGCAGGGCAGGCUGAAGGAGGUCAGGGUCCGGCUGGACAGAGUCUCCAGGGAAGAGGCUCACUAUUUGGAACUGGCCACACUAGAGCACAAACUGCUGCAGGAGGAGCGUCGUGUCCGGAAAGAGUAUGAGAACGCAGAGGGUUUGGAGAGGGAGAAGUUUGCCUUGUUUUCAGCAGCAGUUAGGGAAAGCCACGAGAAGGAGAGGACGAGAGCGGAACGCACCAAGAACUGGUCCAUUUUUGGCUCGGUACUCGGAGCCCUGAUUGGGGUCAUGGGAUCAACAUACAUUAACCGUGUCCGCCUGCAGGAGCUGAAAAGUCUGCUGCUGGAGGCCCAGAAAGGACCAGAGAGUCUCCAGGAAGCCCUCGAAGUCCAGGCUGGAAACCAUCGCUCGCAGCAGGAUGAGCUACGAACGCUCAUCGACAGCCUCAGAGUCGCCAUGAGUGACGCCUUCACACAAAGGAACACCGUCCUGAAAGAUAAUGGAGGUCCGACUUCUGAUUCACCCACUGUGCCUCUUUCAGCCUUAAAAGAUCUCUACAUUGGCAAACGAAGGACUGAGUCCCUCCUGGAGUCCCUCCCGCCACAACUGGGACAGCUGGAGCAAGGACUCGGUAGAGUUGAAGGGGACUUGUUAAUGGUGAGGAAGUUGCUGGAGAGCCGGCCACAGAGGGAAACACAAGCUGCUGAGCAGCAAUUUGAGAGACCAGAGAGACCAGAGAGACCAGAGAGAGGGGACCAGUGGGAGUCUGAGGCAGUGCUUCAGAGUCUGGAGGAGACCCAGAGGACGCUGGCAGAACGAAUCAGGACAAACACGAUAUAUAAUGCCAUGUUUACCUACACUGCCACCGCCAUCACUGUGUCUGCUGUCUACCUUUUGUUCAGAGGAACUGGUUAGACUCCAGUUUAAAUAUGUUCACAUACACUGUAAUGCUGUCAGGCACUGGGACUAAUCAUCUAAAUGAAUCAAUGCAGAAGAUGGAGCUUAUUUGGUUUCUCUAAGAAACUGACUGCAGGUGUUGGCUUGAGUUUCAUCUACUUCUGCUUUUUACUGCCGUAAUGAAGCACAUAAAUAGUGUGGCUGCUUCAAAAUAUUCUUAGUACUUCUCACUUAUUGUUCAUCGGUGUAGCUGGGUAUUUUCCCAAAUUGUCAUACUGGCACAUAUUUUCCUACCUACUUGCAGAAAAGAUCAGGUCUUCUGUUAGCACAUCAUUAUGUCGACUAUUUCUGUGGUGGCCCACUGGCAGGCCCAGACAUAAAAUACAAAGCUAAAACAUUCCAGAUUUAUUUUACUGUAAAGUCCUCAAACAAAACUGUAAACUACCACUGACAGGUAUUAUCUGCCUGUCAGUGGUCUUUUUGAGCCAGUGCUGAAUUUUACUUGCUUUAUAUUAGUGGUUCUCAAACUUUUCCUGUCAGGCCCCCCUUCAGAGGACAAAAAAUUUUCAGGCCCCUCUUUGCUUUAAAUACUCAUGAAAUAAGCAGUGUUUAAAUUUAUUGAAAUUAAAUAAAUAUCACAAGCAGUCCAAUCAUGCAACAACUGAACAACAUGCUCUGGUUAGUAAAAAUAACAAUAACCCAUAAAUUUGUGUCCUCUCUCGAAAACAGAGUGACUCAGUUGAGAAAGGGAACAUAACAAAUAAACAGUCUUUAUUACUGUACAUUACAGUAGCGUCGUCUGCUUGUAAUGCAAAACUUUUGUCUUUCAGAGCCUCUGUGUUGUCCUUCAAAAGCCUCAGUUGCAAGCAUAUACGUCUUGCAACUGUGUCCUUAGACAGUCUUCAAUUCUGUGGUGGUUGUCUCAUCAGUCAUUGUUGACACCAUAUCCAGAGCAGCGGGGAGUAUGAGAAUGUAAACGUAAUUCACUUGAAUUUAAUUCAUGAUAUUCACACACAAGCAGCAAUUUUUUUUUUUAAAUACGUGGUUUAAAUUUCUAUUUGAAUUUUGACUUUAUAUUACUUUUCUCGUCACCUAAUAGGAAAAUAGUUUGAGCUCUUUGUACCUCAGAAACCUCCUAGUUGAAUAUUUCUGACCUUAUCAUUUGCAGAAAUGCCCUUUUUCAUAAAAAUAACAGAGUUUGUGAGAUUGGAGAGAAGAUAAAUGCCUAAAAUCCUGGAACCUUGUGCUUUGUUCACCAUGUCAGAGUUCUGCUCUGACAGCAGAACUAGUGGAUUUGAUUUCAGUAUAAUGAAAUCAAACACUGCAUGCAAACCAACGUCUGUGUCAGUUAGAAUGAUCAAUUCUGGAUGGGACUGAGACCUCAUUUAUUGUUCUGUAACUGAAAGCCGAUGGACGUAGUUGAUGAUUAUUCAGCUGAUGUGAGGCCAGGUUAGUCCAGUGCCAAGGGACAUUUUGACUUUGGUAUUUUGAUUUCGCUUUGUAAUCAUCAGGUACCACACCGUCUGUUCAUGAUCCCACCUUUCCAAGCUGCUUCAAACUGAAGCAGCUCAGACAACAGAUGAACUGAUAUUUAAUUUGAAUAUUGUUGUAUUCAUGGAGAGCAUGUAAGUUAUAGAGAUGGUUAUUUCUUCACAGCAGAUCAUUUAGAUCUGAAAACUUAAUCUUGUUUUGCAGUAGAUGAGGUUAUACACAGGAUUAGUGCAGGUAUAAACACCUAAAUUGUCAAUAAGGAGAAUAAAUUAACUGAGUUUAAUUAAAGGAAGAAAAUUUCAUGUAAAUUGCUAAAAGUGAGGAAAAAUCCCAUUUAAAAUAUCUAUGAGCCCCCUCUAAAGUUCUGAUGGAUAUUUUCAUUGCAUGAAGUGUUCACUGUUGAAAUAGUAAACAGUAAGUUUGCUAACUAAAAGAGAAAAUGUAAGAUAAUAUGAAUGAAUUUUGUGCACUGCAGCCUUUUUAAUUUCCUCUGGUACUUGAACAUGUUGGUCAUGAUGCUGUUGACUGUGGACACUGAAAUGAAUGAUGACCACUGUGCAAUAAAUGUUCAUAUGGGAAAACA